CAAAGUGGUACCGUCACAGAUACACAUAGGAAAGUGCUAUUAUUGUAUUCAUAAAGUUAUUAAACAGUGUUUUACGUGUGGCGCGCACAGAUUCACUCUUCUGAACAGCACACGACAGGCGCGCCACCGACUCACGAUUCAAAAGCAUAAACAAAAGCGACAGAAGUACGAAAGUGCCGUUUUCGGGGAUCAUAGCGGCGGAAAAGGGGUGUGUAGUGCGUGCGAAGGUUGUUUACGUGUUUUGGAUAGUCAACGUGGAGUGCGUGGUUCUUCCACGGGCCUCGGUGCACCAUGACAAGCGUGCAAAAGAAGCUGGUGAAGUCCAAGAGCGGCCUCCGGAUCGUCACAGUGGGCAACGAGGAGCUGAGUCCUUUCCAUUUGGACGAGCCGCCGUGGACGCCCGACCGAGAGACUGCUGAUUGCUGGCGUUGUCGCUCCAAGUUCGACUUCAUAACUCGCCGUCACCACUGUCGUCGGUGUGGCCGCGUCUACUGCAGCAGCUGCUGCAGCCGCAGGCUUCCUCUGCAGCGGAUGUGCUUCGUGGACCCCGUGCGCAUUUGUCACGACUGCAGCCCGGCCACGCUGCGUGAGAACGACUUCUACGACCGGCACCUGCGCCUGCUCCUCGCUGGUGCGCACUUCCUUGUCACGGUCGUGCCCGACACAAACGCUGCCCUGCCGCACUGCUGCCGGCUCUCCUUGGACCAUCGCAUCCUUGAGUUGGAGAAUGCUCAGAGCAAAGAGUGCAUCGAAAUCCCCCUGGCCAAUAUCUGCACCUACCGUAUCCUCAGGCCUAACAGUCCAGGAAUCACCGACUCAAGAAGCCCCUCAGCGAGUGAUGGCGGCCUGAGUGGCGUCAUGAUCGGCUAUCGAGCACACAGAACAACCUUUGAUGCAGGCGAUGAACAGCAUGAGACGUUGAUGGAGCGUGCACAGACGCUGCUGCACCUCGGCCUAUCUCCUGUGCCUGAGGCUGCUGCACAGGGCGCCCUCUGGAUCGUUGCACUUAACAAGGCCUUCCGGAUGAUCCAUAGCCCGGACGUGUCGCCGGAAUGACUGCAACAGGGCCUAUUCGAGAACCACGGCGGGCGCUUCCUGCUGCUGCGACCCCGCUGACCAGUGACUCGCACCACUUCAUGUCUGCAGUGCUGGUUCUGCUCUGACGUCUGGACAUUCAGCAUAUCUGCAUGGUGCUGCCUGUAUGAUUCUUGUACAAUUUGGAGGCAAAAGUUUAGAUACCAUUGGUGUCGCGAAAAAGAAUUGCAAUACUGCAGACUGAUAUCAAUGAAAAGUCCGGCACAUGUACAGCCGCGAGCUCUGAAAGCAUUGCAUCUGUCGAGCCUGUAAGUCUCAUUCCCAGGCCCCGAAAGAAACUCAGCUUCUUGUUUCCGAGAUUCUUGGGGUGUCCAAAUUUUAUGCCUGUAAUGCAGAAUUACGCAUAGCUUUACUUCAUAUCAUACCAUACCGUGCC